ACAGGAUUUCCGAUUGUGAGUGAGUUGGGCUCCUUUGAAUGAGGAUUUAUCGACCAAAUCUUAUCUGUUUUGCAUAAAAGCCCGUGUCCGUUGAAAUAAGCUUCAACGCUUAUCUAAUUUUGGGCUUAGUUAUUGGAAUAUAGUUUUAAUGGCGUCCUUCAAGGCCCUUCAUGAGAAGAAAGAGGAUCACAAACUGAUUGAGAGAAAGAGGCGCCGUGACAUGAAAAGUUUAUGCUCGCUUCUCACAUCGUUGAUCCCUGAACAACAUCUCAAAGAAAAGCGUUCAUUACCAGACCAGCUAUUGGCAGCGGCAUUCUACAUUAAUGAUUUGCAGAAGAAUGUAGAAGACCUGGAGAAGAAAAGAGAGAGGCUAAGAGUCUUAUCCCAAAUUGAGAGACAUCCUGAAAGGAUUUCAUGUUUUAAGGAAAAUGGUGAGAUUAAUGUACCCAUUGAUGAAUCCAACGCUUUUCCCAUGGUGAAGCUUAGAAAUGUGGGUUUGGAAAUUCACGUCACUGUAAAUACUUUCAAACAGACGGCUGCGUUAUGGAGUUUGUUAGAGGUGUUAGAAGGAGGCGGCCUUGAAGUUGAGACGGCAUUGCAGUCUACAGGAAACAAUUAUGUCUUUUAUACACUUCAAUGCAAGAUCUCAGAUGUUCACCGUUUCGACUACAACGUUAUAUAUGAGAGACUGUGGCAGUUGGUGGGGAAACCACAGAUCCCCAUUUCAGAAUUCAACUAGCUCAGUUUGAUCUAUGCAAUUUCUAAAUGUUUCUUUAAACUGGUUCCAGCCUUUUAUAAGGAGUAGCCGCGGAUUUCUACAAGUGUCUUUUGUUUCUAUAGUCUAAAAAACUUCCAGUCUUUAGUCUUAGUCUACAAGUGUCUUUUGUUUCUUUAGUCUAAGAAUCUGUCAAUCUGUUUCUGAACUGCACUUUAGUUCUCUC